CAACACCACCAGUGAGUGGAGUGUAUGUGCGCUGAGCACUGGUAGCUCUAUGAGACACUCAUAGCCUAUGCCAGUGGUUGUCCGCGUAAUACCUGUGCGCCCGACGACGUGAUAACCAUUCGUCGCAAUCAUACAGUAAUAGCCAUUAGUUUUGUGGCGAUUGGCCACCGAUUGCAGUGUUAUUGUAAUCGUUGUGUGAAUUGGUGUUUGUUUUGGUAGUGAUUAUCAUCCGCUCACGAGUGUCACUACGUCGAGCAGUGUGUGUGUGAGUCACACGCACAGACCUCACCACAACUGGUCCAACCAUAUCCACUGUCUGUUUGUGUUCAUUGUCUUAAGUGGUGGUGUGAAUGACGCUUAAGAUAUACAGUAUAUCACCAAUGAUUUGAUUGAAUAAACGCUUAAUUAUUACAACUAUUUAUUUAUUAUGACAUAUAUUUUUAACUAAUUAUUAAUUAAUUAAUUAUUACUAUUACUGAUAAUGUUGUGAGACGUGCUUGACACAAAUUAUUAUAUAUAUUUUUAAUUAAUUAUUAACUAUUAUUAUUAUUAUUAUUACCACAACUGUUGAUAAUAUAUAUACAAACAGUUGUCAGAAAUUGACACAAAUUUUCUUAUUAUUGGAUACCAUUUGAAGAUAAUAUUUAAGACACGAAUGGCUGACAAUCGGACAAAACGGUCAGCGACUAAGUCAACGGCUCAGCCAAUGGCCGCCAAAUCGGACACUCAAAAGUGGAAUAUUCCUCCACAGCAGCGGCCAUUGUCGUCGUCAUCAUCGACCACACCAUCAGCACCACUGAUAAGUUCAAAGACAUCGGCGGCCAUCGAUGCGCUGUUCGACUCGGGAUACGACUCGCAAACGGUGAGCAAGUCGUCCAUCGACUUCGACGCCGACUUCGACAGCAAGUGUGUGAUAUCGGACGCCAAGAGCACGUCCUCCAUGUCGGCCACCACUACCACAUCGGUGGCCGAUAUCGACCGCAAGAGCGCUGAGCACAAGUGGUCCGAUUCGGGCGUUUCCAUCGCCACUGAUUCGGGACUCAAUUUGGACGAAGAGUUCGCCGAUCAGAGCGCAUAUGAUGGCGAUGACAGCGCCGGUGGUCUCGUUGGUAGGAGUGGUGGUGCGGUGUCGCUGAGGGAGGCGUUCACCCCCGACCAGGACGGCGAUACGUACCUACACCUGGCUAUCAUACAGGGGUUGGCCGACGUGGCCUACGCUCUCAUACGUAUGGCGCCCGACCCGGACUUCCUGGACGCCACCAAUCAUUUAUCGCAGACACCAUUACAUUUGGCGGCCCUCACGGGACAGUCGCAUAUCGUGCGCCGACUGGUCAUAAGCGGGGCGACCGUCGACUUGCGGGACAGACACGGGAACACAGCCCUACAUAUAGCGUGCGCGCAGUCCGACUACACCGCCGUUUGUCAACUGAUAUCACCGAUUAGGGACCGGGAGCUGCACUCGGCCCAUGUGGUCAACUACACAGUCGACAGUCAACACCUGCCCGUCCACUACUUAGAGCUCCGCAAUUAUGAAGGCGAAACGAGUCUUCAUUUGGCGGCGUAUCAUAAAAACAAAAAUAUUAUUGAAUUACUCGUCAAAUGCGGGGUCGAUGUCAACGCACAGGUAGUCAACCUUUCGUACGCUCUAUUGUGUGGUAGUAUUAGCGGUGAAUGGGUUUUGUGGUGGGUUUCA